AUGAGCUCAUCAUACGCAAGGCAGCAGCCUCGGCAAACAGACCUCACGAUGCCCGAUGAAAAUGAACCCAGCCCUGCUCGGCUUGAAGACGUAACCAUUCCAAGUCCUGCACGGAUGGGAUGCAGCACUAGCCCCGAUCCGAAGGCGCUGAGCAGUGGCAGGGACCCGGUAACGCCCUCACCAACGAGGGCAGCACUGGAUUCCGACGCAAUCCGGCCAGCCGCAGACCUGCCUACAGUGUCCUCGGCCAGGAUUCAUGCUCAGCCGAUGCUGUUGCCGAGUCCGAUCCCGCUUGGGACCUCUAGAUCACCCUCCAUCACUGUGACCGAUUGGGACGCAUAUUCUCGCCGAAACGCCGCAGCUCGUAUCUUGACAUUGCAGUUAAUCGGUUGUGUGGACAACGAUGACAAAUUGCGUGAUGAAGUUGCCUCCUGGUACCAAGAAUCUCGAUUUCAGAUAUGGUCUCCACUGGCAUCGAUGAUUGGUAUUAACUGGAGACAGGUGGAGCAACUCUGUUGGCAGAUGGGGAAGGAGGAAAUUGUCCGGCGCGCUACGAAGCGGGUGUAG